GUUUAAACACACAAGUGUUUCUUCCGGUUCGCCUUAGCGGUCGUACUGUUCCCAGUACUUGUUGCCACGUCGGACUCUGGUCCGUAGUUUAUCUGACAGUAAGCUGUCGCCUCUUUCUGGUGCUGGUUCUCAGCUUGAUCUGUAAACAUGGUCUCCGUCAUUAACACAGUGGACACUUCUCACGAAGACAUGAUCCACUGCGCUCAGAUGGAUUACUACGGCACUCGACUGGCCACGUGUUCGUCCGAUCGCACAGUGAAGAUCUUUGAUGUCAGGAAUGGAGGGCAGAUCCUGGUAGCUGAUCUCAGAGGCCACGAGGGCCCAGUGUGGCAGGUGGCCUGGGCUCACCCCAUGUUUGGAAACAUCCUGGCUUCCUGUUCCUACGACCGCAAAGUAAUCAUCUGGAAGGAGGAAAAUGGAGUCUGGGAUAAGAUGUACGAGUACACAGGCCACGAGUCAUCGGUGAACUCAGUCUGCUGGGGCCCGUACGAUUUUGGACUGAUUCUGGCGUGCGGCAGCUCCGACGGAGCCAUUUCUCUGCUGACGUUCACCGGCGACCAGCAGUGGGACGUGAAGAAGAUUAACAACGCUCACACGAUUGGCUGCAACGCUGUCAGCUGGGCUCCGGCCGUGCUUCCGGGAAGUCUGAUCGACCAGCCCACGUCCCAGAAACCGAACUACGUCAAACGCUUUGUUUCUGGAGGCUGCGACAACCUGGUCAAAUUGUGGAAAGAGGAAGACGGCCAGUGGAAGGAGGACCAGAAGUUGGAGGCUCACAGUGAUUGGGUGAGAGAUGUAGGUUGGGCGCCAUCUAUUGGUCUUCCAACCAGCACCAUCGCCAGCUGCUCCCAGGAUGGGCGUGUCUUCAUCUGGACAUGUGACGACCCUUCAGGGAACACCUGGACUACCAAACUUCUUCAUAAGUUCAAUGACGUGGUUUGGCAUGUGAGCUGGUCCAUUACAGGAAAUAUCUUGGCCGUGUCCGGAGGAGACAACAAGGUGACUCUAUGGAAGGAGUCGAUGGACGGUCAGUGGGCAUGUAUCAGUGACGUCAGCAAAGGUCAGGGCGGCGUCGGCAGCGUUGCGGACUCGCAGCAGAACGAGCAGUGAAUACGUGGGGUUGACUCAUGCGGGACUCGUUCCAGCCUCAGAAUCUGUCCACGCUGUUCUAUCUGUGGAACCUCAGUCUGGAUUUUCAUCGGGGACAUGAGAGCGGAGAAGUACUCAGGAGAACCUUUUGGUUCUGAAGCAAAAUGUUGACGCGUUUUUCGACACAAACAGAAUAAUGAACAGCUUUGAAAUUAGAAAACACACACGUUCCUCCGAAAUUGUAACUGCUAUACACCCGCCUGCACGUUUUUCUCAGAAACAUUCCGGCCUCACCUGUGGAGAAGAAACAUCUCAGCAUUACCCCGGCGUUCCUAUUGACUAAAGCCAAUGAUCUGCCCGUUGUGGAAAUGAGAACAUCCUCUUCAUCCAUGUCUUCAUCUCACUGUCGGACGGACUUCAAAUUGUGAAGUCAGACGCUGAGAUGAAGACAUUUAGAGGCUGUCGUUUUGGUUUUUUUUUUUGGUUCAGUGACAACAGUUUGUUUAUGAAAUGGUUCUUGCAAAUGAAUGGGAUUCAUAUUGACUCUGCGCUCUUUGGUCUAAAACAUCACAACAUUGGUCUUCAUUAUGAACACAGCUUUGUUCAGGUGUAAAAAGUUUUUUUUUUUUUUUUUUUCUUUU